AUGGCCAAGAUUAAGGCUCGAGACCUUCGAGGAAAGAAGGAAGAGCUGCUGAAACAACUGGAGGACCUGAAGGUGGAGCUGUCCCAACUGCGCGUCGCGAAAGUGACAGGCGGGGCGGCUUCCAAACUCUCCAAGAUCCGAGUUGUUCGCAAAUCCAUUGCCCGUGUUCUCACCGUCAUCAACCAGACCCAGAAAGAGAACCUCAGGAAAUUCUAUAAGGGCAAGAAGUACAAGCCUCUGGAUCUACGGCCCAAGAAAACACGUGCCAUGCGCCGCCGGCUCAACAAGCACGAGGAGAACCUGAAGACCAAGAAGCAGCAGCGGAAGGAGCGGUUGUACCCACUCCAGAAGUUCGCCAUCAAGGCCAGAGCAUCCAGGUAACAAUAAAAGAAACAAACUGGCAAAAAAAAAAAAA